AUGCCAGGCUUCACUCUUCCCGCACGGCUUAUCGCGUGUCCCUCACGCGCUCUGCCUCGUCUUCUUCAUCACACGAAGCUUAUUCCACGCUGCAAGAUGUCUUCUUCUUCUCCCUCUCUCACUGACUCCAUCACGCUUCCGAGCCAACCCACCGAGCCUGUCCGUGUCGCUGCGGCCGCGGGAGUCUCUUCCUCUGAUUUCAGGCGAGUUUUCAUUUUUUUUUUUCCGAAUCUCUGGAACGCGAUAGAUUCAUCUCUGUUCAGGAACUGGCUAAGAAACUUGGAAUCAGAGACUGGAAUCUUAGCUGAUGGGACAAUGACGUUAAAGCAAGUUCUUAUUCAGGGAGUUGAUAUGUUUGGAAAACGAAUUGGAUUUCUCAAAUUCAGAGCGGAUAUAUUCGACAAGGAAUCUGGGCAGAAGGUUCCAGGUAUUGUAUUUGCACGAGGACCAGCUGUAGCCGUUCUCAUUCUCUUGGAGUCGAAUGAUGACACUUACGCCGUUCUCACUGAGCAGGUUCGUGUUCCUACCGGGAAGAUUGUUCUGGAAUUACCUGCUGGGAUGUUGGAUGAUGAUGAAGGUGAUUUUGUUGGCACUGCAGUUCGAGAGGUCGAAGAGGAGAUCGGUAUAAAACUGAAAAAAGAAGACAUGGUUGAUCUCACGGCUUUCCUUGACCCAUCUACAGGCCACCGGAUCUUUCCUUCUCCGGGAGGCUGUGACGAAGAGAUGAGCGUGUUUCUGUACAGAAGGCAAGUGGAACAAGAGACGAUCAGACAGCUACAGGGCAAAGAGACAGGGCUCCGUGAACAUGGCGAGUUCAUCAAAGUACGACUCGUCCCAUACAGAGAGCUCUGGCGCAAAACUGCUGACGCCAAGGUUCUUAUGAGCAUUGGUCUCUACGAAAUGGCUCAGAGAGAGGGUCUCGUGUCCAGGCACUGAAACCAAACUCUCUGAAUGAUGUAAUAACUAUAGUCUCUGUUGCAAAUCGUGUUUUCAUAGUUUCGAUAAAAACACAUGGCCACUUUCUUCUCCUCGUCAAUGAAGAAACUCUGUUUAAAGAAAAUAAUAUCAUCGACGCCUGGUCCCAUAUCCAUUGUCAAGAACUUGAUCCACGACACCAUUUCGG